GCACAGGAGAUUCGUUUCAAGGGAUAUGUUACGGCAACCAUGGAGGAUUCGGGGUGUGUAUAAGAAAGGGGCAAAGGAGCUUGUCGCACUAUAUCAGACAGCGAUGAUGUUCUCAGAGAAGAAGAGUAGGAAUCGGGCAAAGUGUAUCAUCGCACGAAUAGUGAGGAGUAAGUACGGGCACGAGAUAAGGAGGAGGCCGUGCGUGAGGUUUCCAUUCUCUCCUCAAGUGAAACGAGGGAUGGUAAGGAGGUGUGCGGCGGAAAUGAUUAUGCAAGCGAUUGCAGAUCUGGAUAUUGCGAGAUUUAUUGCAGGGAAGGUGAGAGUGGUGGAGAAGAAGAGGACUACAGUCGGCAUGAUCAUUCAUAAUCAUCGGAGGUGCGCCGAGAGUGCUGCAAUAGAAUGUGCGUGUGACCGACUCCAAUUACCCAGGGAAGGUGGACAUGUCAAGGUUCGUCUGAAUGACGUGGAAGGUGUGCCGAGUUUUAUCUGGAAUUCGAAGAAUGUGACGAGUGGAAGUAAUGUAUCUACGGAUACGUUGAGGGCGUGCAUCAUGGAAGGCAUCAAAGGGUGGACGAAAGGUAGGAAGCUGCACAUAGCUCAGGAAGACAUCCAGUAUUGUUUUGGUGAGAAAGGAGAAGGGAGAUGUACUGCUAUGUCUACGACUGAGGUGAGAUUGCACUUUCGAAGAUUUGAUGGUUUAGUAGCAGUUCCCAUCGAUCGCAAUCCCGGUGCCACGCUGAUUAUCUAUCCGACACUAUACUUCCGUGCGUGUAUGGAGACGUUUAAUUUGAGUAACAGCUUCCGUACGGUACAAGAGUCUUCAGCAUUCGUGAUGACAGAGAUGAAGAGGGAGUACGUUCAUCAAGGACUAGGCAAGAUCGCAAAUUGGCAGACAGGUGGGAAGAUCGGCCAUGCAUACGUACUACCGAAGGACAAGGAUCUAAGUAGGUGGAGGCCGAUAUCACCAUGUACUUCGGAUCCGACAAGAUUGGCUGGUGCCAGAACAGGACGAGCGAUUAUAUACAUGCUAUUCGGCAUCUCAGGAGCUGAGCACUUCGACCUUAAAUCUACGGACAGUCUGGGCGAGCAGAUUAAGAAGUUUCAGCGAGAGUUGAGAAAGAAGGGGGAUUAUGUGAUCACUCGGAGCUACGACAUAAAGGAUAUGUUCGCUAGAUUGUCACAUAAGAGUGUCAUCGAUGCAGUAGAAUGGCUGAUGGAUUAUCACAAACGAAAGGGUUUGAAGGGAGUACGGGUAAGCACGAGGGGGAAAAUGUGUUCCAUGAUCAAGAAGGUGAGAAAAGAGGAAGGAUUCAUUAAUAUGUCGUUUGACAUCAUCAUGAGGGAGGUUAUGUUUGAGCUGUCUCACUCGUUCAUAUGUUGCGCCGGGGUUAUGAUGAUACAGGAGUUCGGUAUCCCGAUGGGGAGGAGUUCCAGUCCGGCGCUGGCAUGCACCGUGUGCGCGAGGGCGGAGUACGAGUUUCUGAAGAGAAUGAAGGACACCCGUGCGGUGAUCUGGGGAUUAAGGAUGAUCGAUGAUGUCGCGAUUCUUUUCGGCUGCAGAUCGGAUCGUCCAGAUACGUUUGGAAGAGCAACGGAAAUAUUGGAGGAAUUCGAACAAUGCUAUGAUAAGAACAUCAAACUGGUGCGAAAAGACGAAGGGGGCAAUGUGUUUGAUUUUUUGGGUACGCGCAUUUUUGCUGAUGUCGAUCCUGUGGAAAUCAGCGUGCAUCCUUGAACGAGGAAUCAAGAAUGCCUUCUCAG